AUGAAGGGCGAACCCUCACCAAGUCAAUCAACUGAGAUGAUAUCAACGAUCGGAGAAGAUAUGAACAAGAAACAAAACGAAGCGACGCUGAAUAUAGCCAUUCGAAAUGCUGGUAUCAUGGAAGCAUCAGAUGCUGCUACUGCCAGCGCUCAUCAUCAACCCGAAUCGCCCAAGCUACUUGUGAAUCAAGAAGCUGACAAAAGGGCCAGGCCUGACAAUGAUCAAGCGCAAGAAACUGAAGCUCAUAAUAUCCAUCAAUACGAAGUCCUAGAUGCUCCUCGUAUCUUCGGGGACUUGGAGAAUACCGCCUCUACUACUGUUCCACAAAUCGACAAUGCACGCAGUAGCUCUCAGGCGCCUGAGCAAUCUGAUAGUGUCGACGCCCGUGAAUUUAAUAAGGUGAUCGAUGGAGGAACCGCAUGUGUUAGAAACGAGGAAAUCGAGAAUCUCGGAGCGAAAGAAACAAAAAAGAGAAAGCAAGCGAAAGAUUCAGUUCCCAGCACAUCACAAACUUCUAAGCGUACUCGCUCGAUAUCUUCAGAGGCUGUACAUCGACAGCAAUUCGAAUCGCCUUUCCAAAUCCCAAUCACGUCCACUGAGCGCAUGCGGGAAAUUGAGAGCCAUGAGAUACAACGCAAUCUCAAUUACAUGCCCAACAGAACAAGCGCGGUACUCAAGCCUGAUGGAACACAAAACAAUACUAGUGUGGAAGCACAUCUUGUGCAAGAGAGGGGCGAGGUUUUUACUUCCAGAUGCAAUUCUUGUGGUAAUAAAGGUCGACCGGCUGGGCCAUGGAAAGAAUGUGUAGCAUUAGAGGGGUUUUUGCAAGGUUCUUGUGCGAAUUGUCAUGUCAACAAUUUAGGCAAGCGUUGCUCCUUACGACCACAAAAGGACUACUUCUUUCUUGCUCCAUCUAAGAAUGCACGUAUAGCCUCCAAAAGUACUUCGAAAAAACGAACCGGGGGUUCCGAAGAAGUCUUAAUUGAGCAAUUGAUGGCAAUGGAUUCUGAUGGGAGAGACGACAUUGAGGAUCAAGCCAAUGAUAUUUUGACUGCCCUCCGAAAGACUCGAUUACGGUUGAGGAAGAUGAACAAGAAGAUUGAAAAAACGGGUGAUAGCGUAGAUGGGAACGAAGGUGAAAUUGAUGAAGCACAAGAUUCAACAAUAGAUCCUCGCCUCUAUAAAAUUUGA